AUGGAGAAUCCUUCAAUUAAUCGUAUUUUAACUAAAAUCUCCAGAAUUCUUGACAAAUAUAUCGUACCUGAAUACAGAUGGAAAAUUUUCACAAUCUACGGAACUCUUUUAGUUUUAUCUAUUUUAAGGCUAAUUCUUGGAAGGUCUUUUUUGGAAGUCGGUCUUAAAGUCUGCUCCAGAUAUUCACGCUGUUUGUCAUUCAUUAGGUCCAGUAGGAGUUCUACAUUGAAGAUUAUACGGACCUUUUACUUUAUCUUUUCGAACGUGUUUCCUCUUCUGUUCCCGUUUAUUAUCGCAUCCUUCGUUCAGCUCAUAACUCCAAGCUUCAGAGAUAGCGACUUUUACGAUUGA